CGUUUCUCGGGGUUCGACAUUACUCGAUGACUCGACGGCAGUGAAGGGAAAAAAAAAACCCAAACACAAAUCGGAAUAAUGUUGAACAGUAUAACAAAACACAUUUUGCACUGCUGUCUGCUGCUUGUAGUCAUAUUAGUAUUUGAAUUUGUAUCUGGAGGCCUUCGAUGGAAUAUGGAAAAGAAGGAAGAAAUCGAUCCAUGGACAAGAUAUGGCAUUAUCGGUGCAAUUACUUUGUACCUGUUACGCACAGUGACGUUUCUUUCCUUGCCACAAGUGUUAUUCAAUUUUAUAGGAUUAACAAUAUACAAUGCAUUCCCUGAUAAAGUAAUUUUGAAAGGCUCACCUCUGCUUGCACCAUUUAUCUGUAUAAGAAUAGUAACUCGCGGGGAUUAUCCACAAUUAGUAAAGACGAAUGUGAAGAGAAAUUUAGAUAAAUGCAUAGAGGCUGGUCUCGAAAACUUCCAAAUAGAAGUAGUGAGUGAUAAGCCAAUAGGAUUAACGCCGCAUCGCAGGGUGCGAGAAGUUGUCGUCCCACCGAAAUAUCGCACAAGUAGUGGUGCCUUAUUUAAAGCUCGUGCUUUGCAAUACUGCCUCGAAAGCUCGGUAAAUGAAUUGGCUGAUCACGAUUGGAUUGUUCAUCUUGAUGAAGAGACUUUGAUGACUGAAAAUUCUGUUCGCGGCAUAUUGAACUUUGUACUGGAUGGCAAACACCAAUUUGGUCAAGGGUUGAUCACGUAUGCUAAUGAGGAUGUUGUUAAUUGGAUUACGACCUUGGCCGAUAGCUUCAGAGUAGCAGAUGAUAUGGGAAAGCUAAGAUUACAGUUCACCAUGUUUCACAAGCCAUUUUUUAGCAUGAAAGGAUCUUAUGUUAUCACACAGAUGGGAGCAGAAAAACACGUUUCGUUUAAUAAUGGAUUAGAUGGAUCCGUUGCAGAAGAUUGUUUCUUUGCAAUGAAGGCAUUUUCUCAGGGAUAUACGUUCAAUUUUGUGGAUGGCGAAAUGUGGGAAAAAUCGCCGUUUUCUCUGUGGGAUUUUGUACAGCAGAGAAAAAGAUGGCUGCAAGGUAUAUUACUUGUUGUGCAUUCCAAAGCGAUUCCAUUGAGAAAGAAAUUGUUGCUGGGUAUUUCGUGUUACUCAUGGGUAACGAUGCCUCUUUCCACUUCUAACAUUGUUUUGGCUGGAUUGUGUCCGAUCACUUGUCCGCCGUUGAUCGACUUUCUUUGCGCGUUUAUCGGUGCAGUAAAUAUCUAUAUGUAUGUGUUUGGAGUAGUUAAAUCGUUCUCCUUAUAUCGUUUCGGUGUUGCCCGAUUUAUGCUGUGUAUAUGCGGUGCAUUAUCCACUAUUCCAUUCAAUAUAAUAAUUGAGAAUGUUGCCGUGAUAUGGGGUUUGUUUGGUAAGAAACACAAGUUCUAUGUCGUUAACAAGGAGCACAGGCCGCCAUUAACCGUAUGAUGCGUCAUCAGUUUAGAACUAUUAUCUAACUGGUAUAUACUUAGCAACAGAGUAAUGUUUCCAUUGUGCACGUGCAUAAUUAGUACCUGUAAAUUUACAUAGGAAACUAUCACUGUCAUAAAUAAAAUAUUUAUAACUAGUAUUACAUGAGAAUUACAAGAUUCCUAAGACAGAUUGAUUAAUCAAUUUCAAAACAAGCAUAAAUAAAAUGUGUAAUGUAUACAGCAAUAGG